UCCGUCGCCGCCUCUAUUAGAGGCUAAAACCCUAGCCGACGCCUCUCUCUCGCCUCUCUCUCUCACCUCCUCCGGCGACGACCUCCGUCGAGCUCCAUCGCUAGCAGCAACACUACCUCCGGUCGAGCUCCACCUCAUGGUCUCACCAACUCCGGUCUCACCUUUUUCACAGGCUCACCUUCUCCAGCACUGCAGCACCAAAUCCCCAGCUAGGCGGCUAUCUCCAAAGCCCUCCACCACCGUCACCAUCGCACUUUGUUGGGCUUGGUCUGUAACAGAGAGAAAAAGAAAUUAUCAUCGAUCAGUUACUUAAAUGGGUAAAAAGGAGAAAUUUUCUGCUCUCGAUAUGCCCGAUGUCCCAACAGGCCAACUCCCUGAGCAUUUAGAGCUUCAGAGAACUCGGGUCGUUUGCAAGUCUGACGCCCCAAUUCACUACAGAGGGUGUGAGUUACUCUGGUGCUUAUGCUGCCAUGGGAGUUGACAACAGUCUGCAACUUGAUAGCUUCUGCAAGAACUUCAAAGUGGUGGUUAACAAGUUAUCUGAGGACGAGAUGGAAUUCGAUAUGAUUGGCAUUGAUGCUGCGUUGGCUAAUGCAUUCAGAAGGAUCCUUAUAGCUGAGGUGCCCACUAUGGCUAUUGAGAAGGUUUUUUUUCUUGAUAAUACUUCGGUGAUUAAUGACGAAGUGUUAGCUCAUCGGCUGGGGCUUAUUCCUCUCGCGGUCGAUCCGAGACUGUUUGAUGAUCUAUCGGAAAAUGAUGUUCCGAAUGAGAGAAAUACAUUAGUCUUCAAGUUGGAGGUUUCAUGUGAAAAGGGUGGCCCACGCCGUACAGUAAAGUCAGAUCAACUGAAGUGGCUGCCAAAUGGAAGUGAGCUACCGAUGGAAUUACGUAAUCCCUCUGGCAAUCAAAAAGGGUAUACUUCGUUUAGCUGCAGUCAAGCUUCGCUGCCAGAACUUUCAAAGAAUCCACCUAGAGUGAAGCAUGGAGAUAUAAUCAUAUCAAAACUUGGGCCAGGACAGGCAAUUGAACUUGAAGCUCAUGCAGUGAAAGGCAUUGGCAAAACCCAUGCCAAGUGGUCUCCUGUGUCUACAGCAUGGUACAGGAUGCUCCCUGAGGUUGUCUUGUUGAAAGAAGUAAGAAAUGAAGAUGCAGAAGGCCUGGCUGCAAAGUGUCCAACAAAAGUCUUUGAUAUUGAGGAUAUGGGAAAAGGUGAGAAGAGAGCGGUGGUAGUAAAUCCACGAGCUUGUACACUGUGCAGAGAAUGCAUUCGAGGGGGAGGCGAAGAUCUUGUGGAACUAAGGCGUGUUAAAGACCAUUUCAUCUUUACAAUAGAAUCAGCAGGAGCUCUACCCCCUGAAGUGCUUUUUACUGAAGCUGUGAAGAUCUUAGAAGGAAAAUGCGAACGCGUGAUCUCCGAGCUUUCAUAGUACUUAAUAGGUCAAGUUUCAUACUUACAACUUAUUCGAACUCUCGAUAUUAACGAAAGAGUUUUCGAUUGCGAUUGCGAUUCUCGAGUGGUUCAUAUGUAUUAAUUUAGCAUGGUGUAAGAAUUUUCAAGCUUGUAAAAGAAACUAAAUUAGUUUUGAGUAUGGGUAGAUAGUAUCAUUCAAUUUCUUAUAA